GCGCCUUUCCCCUGAGGCGGGCGGCCGGGCCGGGCGGAGGCCGCGGCGGAGCCGGGGGCUCGCGUAGAUGUGCAGCCCGGGGGAGGCCCCCCCUGGGCCGGCCCCGGCCGGGGACCUGCCCCCGGAGUGGGAGACGGAUGACGAGCGCAUGGCCUUUCUGUUCUCGGCCUUCAAGCAGAGCCGCGAGGUGAACAGCACCGAAUGGGACAGCAAGAUGGCCUUCUGGGUCGGGCUGGUGCUGGCCCGCGGCCGGCGGAGGGGUGCGGUGAGGACGUGCCUGAGGGAGCUGCAGAACGGAUUCGAGCGGCGGGGCAGCGUCCCUUUGGGGCUGGGCACCGUCCUCAGGGAGCUGCUCAGACGUGGAAAGCUCCAGAGGGAGUCAGACUUCAUGGCCAGUGUAGACAGCAGCUGGAUCUCGUGGGGUGUGGGAGUUUUCAUCCUAAAGCCCCUCAAAUGGACCCUCUCCAGCGUGCUGGGGGACAGCAAAAUUCCCGAGGAAGAGGAGGUUCUGAUUUACGUGGAGCUGCUUCAGGAGAAGGCAGAGGAAGUUUAUCGCCUCUACCAGAACUCUGCCCUCUCUUCCCACCCCGUGGUCGCCCUCUCCGAGCUGCGCUCCCUCUGUGCCGGGCUCUGCCCAGAUGAAAGGACCUUCUACUUGUUGCUGCUGCAACUGCAGAAGGAGAAGAGGGUCACCAUCCUGGAACAGAAUGGAGAGAAGAUCGUGAAGUUUGCCCGAGGUCUCCACGCCAAGGUGUCCCCAAUGAAUGAUGUGGACAUCGGAGUUUAUCAGUUGAUGCAGAGUGAGCAGCUGCUGUCACAGAAGGUGGAGUCCCUUUCCCAGGAAGCAGAGAAGUGUAAAGAGGAUGCCAGGAGUGCAUGCAGAGCUGGGAAGAAGCAGCUGGCCCUGAGGUGCCUCAAGUCGAAGCGGAGGACUGAGCGGCGCAUCGAGGAGCUGCACUCCAAGCUGGAUGCAGUGCAGGGAAUCCUGGAUCGGAUCUACGCCUCCCAGACCGACCAGAUGGUGUUUAAUGCCUACCAGGCUGGAGUGGGAGCUCUGAAGCUUUCCAUGAAGGAUGUGACUGUGGAGAGGGCAGAGAACCUGGUGGAUCAGAUACAAGAGCUUUGUGAUACUCAAGAUGAAGUGGCCCAGACUCUGGCUGGAGUAGGGAUCAAUGGUCUGGCAGAGAUGGACUCUGAGGAGCUGGAGAAGGAGCUGGACAGUCUCCUGCAGGACUCGAGUAAGGAUUCUGUGGAUCUGCCUCCCGUUCCCCAGAUGGUGCUGAGUGCCCGUGUCUCUGAUGCCGAGCUGGAAGCUGAGCUGGAGCAGCUCUCUGUGUCUGCUGGAGAUCUGGCACAAAAGACUCCCUCUGCUUCUUCUGAACCCAAAACAGCUCUGGGACUGAACCUCUGAAGAGCCAACAGAAUCCUGUUGCUGCAGUUUGGGAAGUUGUCUCAAUGUUCCUUAAGUCAUGACCAGAACUUCCAAGGAGAGGGGGGCACCCCCCUGUCCUUCUGGAUCUGUCUUUGCUCAGCAGCAGGAGCUCCUGCCAUGACAAUCCGCUCUGGACCUGGCCCCAGCUGGUGUUUGUCAUCUCUGUGCCAACAUCUGCACCAGUCUCGACCUGACUCGUGACGCCAAGUCACUGCCACAUCCAGUCUUCCCUCCUGGGAAUAUAGCUCCAGUGAAGAUAAACUCUUCUGUGUCCAUAACAGUGCUCAGUUUUGGGUUUGA